GAUAAAUUUACAUCUCAGUAUUCUCUUUUCUCUUUGAAAAAGUUUUUGACUUCUCCCCCCUUUCAAUUUGGUGCUCUCCAAAGAAAGUUCACUAAGCAGGAGCUUUCAACUCCAGCUGAUUGAAGUUCUCAUAUUUACUGCUGCUGUCAGGUUAUGAUGAGUGCUCUUUCUGACCCUGUUAAUAUAACAAAUAUGGAGUGCAAUAAAGAUGAAGCAACCCGGGCAAAGUCAAUUGCUGAGAGCAUGAUAGAUCAGAUGGAUUAUCUCGGUGCAAAGAAGUUAGCGCUGAAAGCUCAAGCUUUAUAUCCAGAGCUUUAUGGUAUUACACAGCUACUGACAACCUUGGAUGUGUAUCUAUCUGGGGAGAAGAUAGAUGGGGAAGUAGAUUGGUAUCGAGUGCUAUGUGUGAACCCUUCAGAUGAUCACGAUACCAUAAAAAAGCAGUUCAAGAAGCUUGCACUAAAGCUGCACCCAGAUAAAAAUACUUCUGUUGGGGCAGAUGGCGCAUUUAAACUCAUUUCAGAAGCCUGGAAUUUGUUAUCCGAUGAAGAAAAGAGGGUGGCAUAUAACCAAAGGAGGGGAUAUGGGCGAGUCCAAAAGACUGUCCUAACACAAACAGGUGGUCCAUCAGCACCGUGCGGGGCAUGGAAUCAUGCACAUACUCGCGCAAGUCAACAGAAUGUUCCGUCGGCAUCACCCCGACAAAGUAAACGGAAAGCGCCAUCUGUACCAAGUCAACAGAAAGUUCCAUCUGCUUCACCCCGGAAAAGAAAAAAGAAAGUUCCAUCUGUACCAUCCCAGCCAAGUCAACAAAAUGUUCCAGGACACACUGGUGGUCCAUCAGCUGCUGCACAUACUGCUGGUCGUUCUAAUUCAAAUUCUACCUGGAAGUCGCGGAGUGAAACUGCAAAGAAGGCCAGGACUCAAAAUCCGGCUUCCUACCAUGUUAGAUCCGAUACCUUUUGGACUGUCUGCCGUGGAUGCAAUAGGCAUUUAGAGUAUCUUAAGAUGUAAUGCAACCGUACUCUUCUUUGUCUCAAUUGUAAUAAGCUAUUUAUGGCU